CUUGGUCCUUGCUCCAUUGAUCUCGAACCGCGGCACUGAGCCGCACUUAGGCCCAUCUAGUUUCCAAUCUAUUCCCAGUUCGUUCCCGCUGUUUGACUCCACCCACGUUGCAGUUUUUUCUCCUCUGCCCUCUAACACGUAGUACUUGCUGUGUGUUUUUUUGCGCAAAAUUCGUUAUCCAGGCUUUCCAGCUUCAUGGUUCCUUGGACGACCGGCGGCGUUAGUCCCCUCUUUCGCCGACGAGUUUAGGACUUAAGUUGGUUUGCACGAUGGGGAGCUAAAGGUUUAAAAGAGGCGUGUCGUUCCCGCCUUCCGACGAUAUCAUUCUACUCUGUACUCACAAGCUUCCUGUUCUCUUAUAUAUAAGAUCAUUUCUUUUAUAACAAAACAAGAAACAACCUUUCUCCAGAUACCCCUUCUUCCUAUUUUUUCACACCACACACAUAAAUCACAAUGGCCGCUACCGACUACAAGUUUGAGGGCUGGGUUGGCCUCGACGAGAAGUCCUCCGAGGGCAACAUGGUCUGGCAGGAGUACGAGCCCAAGCCGUGGGAGGAGAACGACGUCGACAUCCAGAUCACCCACUCCGGUGUCUGCGGCUCCGACAUCCACGUCCUGCGCUCCGGCUGGGGCCCCGCCCCCUACCCCGUCUGCGUCGGCCACGAGAUCGUCGGUGUCGCCGUCCGCGUCGGCUCCAAGGCCGUCGGCGGCAUCAAGGUCGGCGACCGCGUCGGUGUCGGCGCCCAGUCCGACUCCUGCCUCGGCCGCCAGGGCCCCUGCGAGCCCUGCGAGACCAAGAACGAGCAGUACUGCCCCAAGUCCGUCCACACCUACGGCCACUUCCACUACAACGGCGGCAAGGCCAUGGGCGGCCACUCAAAGUACCACCGCUGCCCCUCCCACUUCGUCGUCAAGAUCCCCGACGGUCUCGAGUCCGCCUACGCCGCGCCCAUGCUGUGCGGUGGUGUGACCGUCUUCUCCCCGCUUAAGCAGCACGGCGCCGGCCCCGGCAAGACCGUCGCCAUCAACGGCGUCGGCGGCCUCGGCCACAUGGCCAUCAUGCUCGCCAAGGCCAUGGGCGCCGACAAGGUCGUCGGCAUCUCCCGCAAGGGCGACAAGCGCGACGAGGUCCUCAAGAUGGGCGCCGACGGCUACAUCGCCACCAGCGAGGAGCCCGACUGGGCCAAGACCUACGCCAACUCCUUUGACAUUGUCAUCUCCACCGUCUCCUCCGCCAAGGUCCCCAUGCAGGACUUCCUCAACCUCGUCAAGCUCGACGGCUCCCUCGUCCAGGUCGGUCUCCCCGACGACGGCGCCUACACCAUCUCCCCCGUCCCCAUGGUCAUGCGCCGCGUCAAGUUCACCGGCUCCCUGAUCGGAUCCCCCCACGAGAUCCGCGAGAUGUGGGAGCUUGCCGCCGAGAAGGGCGUCAAGCCCUGGAUCCAGGUCCGCCCCAUGAGCGAGGCCAACCAGGCCAUCGUCGACUUGGAGGAGGGCAAGGCCCGCUACCGCUACGUCCUCGAGAACUAAGCGGGAGGAGAUUGUGUGUUUUCAAAACAUGAUCGAACCGUUUUCUGGGGAUGCUGUACAUAAGAUGAGGUUGAUGACAUGACUUGGGUGCAUAGAAAGGGC